CACUUGGACGCCAUCACGACAAGUACCAUGGAGGCUGAGUCAGCACGGUCCAAACCGCAUAGUGAUGAUGCCACUGACAACCAAAGUACCGGUGAUGUCGUCCCGGAAAAGCUAUUGGCGCCCAAAGUGUCAACGUACCGCUUGCCUCGCUUCAGUUCUCGCCGUUUGAGCUCCAACAGCUCGUUCGGUGACCACGACGUGCUACCUCGCACCAAGAGUAUGUUCCCGGAGCCACGUGAGUUGACAAAAGAUGAUCUCACGAGUGCUGACGCGUUGAUGGCCGACGAUGUUUUCACCAUGAACGCGACUCUGUCGUCGGUGAUCGAGAACGCCUUAGGCCAGCCCAUUCCCGGUCUUGAGGUACGCUUCCGUAACCUCGAACUGUCCGCGGAGGUACCUUUGAUCAAGAGCGGGAGUCUGGAAGUCCCUACGCUAUGGACGCAAGUACAACAGGGAGUGGGUAGCAUCUUCGGUUCCAAGCAGUUCACAGUCGAGAAGAAGAUUCUACGCGGUGUGACUGGUGCCUUCAAGCCUGGCCGCAUCACGCUCGUACUGGGCCAGCCUGGAUCAGGCAAGUCUUCGCUUAUGAAGGUGCUAGCCAACCGGUUCCACAUGGACAAGAACAUCACCUUAAAGGGUGAAAUUGAAUACAACGGCAAGGAACGCUCAUUGAUGCUGGAUAUGCUGCCUCGCGACGUGGCCUACGUCAACCAGAUCGAUGAACACUACCCGCGAAUGACCGUGCAGGAAACGUUCGAGUUCGCUCAUCGAUGCUGCUCUGGUAAAGACCUGGAGCCGUGGGCUGUGGAGGCGCUGAAGAACUGCACGCCGGAGCACCAUGAACACGCUCUGAAGGUCGUGACGGCACACCACAAGUUUGCACCGGAUCUGAUGGUCAAGAAACUGGGUCUGGACAACUGUAAGGACACUGUGGUGGGCAACGCUAUGCUGCGUGGUGUUUCUGGUGGCGAGCGUAAGCGUGUCACCACAGGUGAGAUGUUGGUCGGUAGGAAGCGACUGCAGCUUCUCGAUGAGAUCAGUACGGGUCUCGAUAGUGCGGCCACGUACGACAUCUGUAAGUCCCUAAAGAGUGCUGCGCGUAACUUUAACGCUACCGUCGUGAUCUCGCUGCUGCAACCGUCCCCCGAAGUGUUCGAACUCUUCGACGAUGUCCUUCUAAUGAAUGAAGGCAGCAUCAUGUUCCACGGGAAGCGUGAGGAGGCUGUGCCCUACUUUGAGGACAUGGGCUUCCACUGUCCACCUCGCAAGGAUGUGGCCGAUUUCCUGCUGGAUCUAGGAACCAACAAGCAGGGCGUGUACGUUGUUGGAGACAAUGUGCCAUAUCUGUCUGCUGAGUUCGCUGAUCGCUUCCGUGAGUCAAACAUUUACCAGAAGACUCUGAAGCGGCUUGAUUCACCUGUCAAGGAGCCGCUUAUCAUUCCCGACGUCAAGCCGUUCCGUCUUUCAUUCUUCGAGGACUUGGCUCUCAUACUGCGUCGUCAGUUGAUGCUUACAUCGCGUGACACGACGUACCUCAUGGGUCGUGCAGUGAUGAAUACUGUCAUGGGUCUACUAUACGGAUCCACGUUCUGGCAGAUGGACGACGCGAACAGCCAACUGAUCCUCGGUCUGUUGUUCUCCUGUGCGAUGUUCCUUUCGUUGAGUCAGGCUUCUCAAGUACCGACGUUCAUUGAGGCCCGCUCGGUCUUCUACAAGCAACGCGGCGCUAACUUCUUCCGAUCCAGCGCGUAUGUUCUGGCCAUGUCGUUAUCACAGAUCCCGAUGGCUGUGGUGGAGACGGUGGUGUUUGGAGCGAUCACGUACUGGAUGGGAGGCUACGUCGCUCUAGCGGACCGCUUCAUCGUGUUCCUGGUCACGCUGUUCCUGUGUCAGAUGUGGUUCACCAGCUAUUUCUUCUUCCUGUCGUCGGUCUCGCCCAAUUUGACAGUCGCGCAGCCUGUGAUGAUGGUGUCGGUGCUGUUCUUCAUGCUGUUCGGAGGUUUCCUGAUCACCAAGGACAAUAUCCCGGACUACCUCAUCUGGAUCUUCUGGAUUGACCCUCUCGCCUGGUGCAUCCGUGCGCUGAGUAUCAAUCAGUAUCUGGCUCCGAAGUUCGACGUGUGUGUGUAUGAAGGCAUCGACUACUGCGCUACAUACAGCGAGACGAUCGGAGAGUACAGUCUGGGCGUAUUCAGUCUGCCGACCGGGUCAAUGUGGAUCUGGUACGGAUGGAUCUUCCUCUUCGCUGGGUACUUCAUGUUCGUCUUCGUGUCGUAUCUCGUGCUGGAAUACAAACGCUACGAAAGUCCUGAGAACAUUGCGGUAGUUGAAGAAGUUGCUGAGGACCAGAAUGUCUACUCGAAGAUGCCCAAGACUCCGAGGGAGUCCAAAACCGAUGACAAGGUGAUUGAAAUUCAAGAUGCCGACGACGUCAUGGGUGGCGUCACUACUAUUAGCGUUCCAGUCGAGCCCACUGGUCGUGGUGUUUCGCUACCUAUCACGUUGGCGUUUGAAGAUCUAUGGUACUCGGUCCCGAUGCCUGGUGGCAAGAAGGACGAGGAGAUUGACCUACUUAAGGGCGUCUCUGGUUUCGCUCUACCUGGUACGAUGACGGCGCUCAUGGGAUCCUCUGGUGCUGGUAAGACGACGCUGAUGGAUGUCAUUGCUGGUCGCAAAACUGGUGGCAGAAUUCAAGGGAAGAUUCUGCUCAAUGGCCACCCGGCCAAUGACCUCGCCAUCCGUAGAUGCACGGGAUACUGCGAGCAGAUGGACAUUCACUCCGACUCGGCUACAGUUCGUGAGGCGCUGAUCUUCUCGGCCAUGUUGCGUCAGGAUGCCAGUAUCUCGACUGCACAGAAGAUGGAGUCUGUGGAAGAGUGUAUUGAACUGCUGGAGCUUGGACCCAUCGCUGACAAGAUCAUCCGCGGGUCGUCCACGGAGCAGAUGAAGCGCGUGACCAUCGGCGUGGAGCUGGCAGCUCAGCCCAGUAUCAUCUUUAUGGACGAACCGACGAGUGGGUUGGACGCUCGCUCGGCCAAGUUGAUCAUGAACGGUGUUCGCAAGAUCGCCGACUCGGGCCGUACCAUUGUGUGUACGAUCCACCAGCCUAGUACGGAGGUGUUCAACCUGUUCGACUCGCUCCUUUUGCUUCGUCGUGGUGGCCGCAUGGUGUUCUUCGGUGAAUUGGGCAAGGAGUCCAAGAAUUUGAUCAACUACUUCGAGUCGUUCCCUGACGUGAAGCCUAUCACACCGGGGUACAACCCUGCGACGUGGAUGCUGGAGUGCAUCGGUGCCGGUGUAGGCUCCGGUCAUGCCGAUGCUGGUGCUGAUGGUGCGCAACCAUUGGACUUCGCUGAACGCUUCUUGGUGAGUGAUCAGAAGGUGUUGAUGGAGGAGGAUUUGGACCAGGAAGGCGUGCUGCACCCGUCGUCACACCUUCCAGAACUUACGUUUGAGACGAAACGCGCUUCGGACCCGCGCGUGCAGUUCCAGCUUCUGUGCCUUCGCUUCUUCCGCAUGUACUGGCGUACACCGACCUACAAUCUCACACGUUUGUUCAUCAGUGUCCUAUUGGGCUGCGUGUUCGGCGUCAUCUAUCAGGGAACCGACUACUCCACGUACACUGGCGCGAACUCGGGCAUCGGUCUGAUCUUCGUCAGUACUAUUUUCCUCGGCCUCAUCAGCUUCAACAGCGUCAUGCCUGUCGCUGCAGAUGAACGCACGGCCUUCUAUCGCGAACGCGCGUCGGAAACCUACAAUGCGUUGUGGUACUUUGUCGCCGGUACGUUGGUGGAGAUCCCGUACAUUUUCUUGUCGAGCCUGUUGUUCUGCAUCAUCUUCUACCCGAGCGUCGGCUUCACUGGUUACAUCACGUUCUUCUACUACUGGCUCGUCGUGGCGAUGAACGCGUUGCUGUUCGUAUAUUUCGGACAGCUAAUGGUGUUUGCGCUUCCCAGUGUCGCUGUGGCGUCCACCCUUGGAGCUCUCUUUAGCGGUAUUUUCAUGCUGUUUGCAGGUUUUAACCCGCCCACGGGCAGUAUCCCAACGGGUUACAUGUGGGUGCACUGGAUCUCCCCGCCAACGUACACCAUCUCGAUGCUGGUGUCGCUGGUAUUUGCCGACUGCUCUGACGGCAGCACGGACGGCAUCAGUUGCCAAACGCUGCAGAAUGCGCCGCCCACGAUUGGUGAGAUGACGCUCAAAGAGUACGUCGAGGAGACGUUCGACAUGAAGCACAGUGAUAUCUGGAGGAACGUGGCGAUCAUGAUCGUUCUGAUCGUGGUCUUCCGUAUUUUGGCGUUGGUCUCGCUACGCUACAUCAACCACCUCAAGCGCUAGGAAGAUAGCGAAGGAGUUGUCUGCCUUUGUCGAUAAUGUACCUGGCCUAGGGUCAUUUACCUUUAUUACAAUUGCAUAGUCCCCGAACGACGGCCUAGCAGGAUAGUUUAGAGGCUGAAAUCGUCCUUACCUUGUUGCUUUGUCCAACAAUACGCUC